UCUUCCUCGCAGGGAUUAGGAGCAGCCCGUCUCCUGAUUCCUGCUGUACCCUGCGGAAGUGGCGCGGCCCGGCCCGAGUAUGGCCCGCGUGGUCGGGAUGUUUAAGACCCUCAGGACCCACUGGAAGAAAAGUACGGUGGGGGUCUGCCUGUGCGCCUGGGGAGGAAGCUGGGUGUACGGCAAGCACUGCGAUAACCUGCUAAGGAGAGCUGCAUGCCAAGAAGCCCAGGUGUUUGGCAAUGAGUCGAUUCCUUCCAACAUGGAAGUGAAGAAAGCAACAGUUUUUCUGAACCCAGCAGCUUGCAAAGGCAAAGCUAGGAACCUCUUUGAAAAGAAUGCCGCUCCAAUUUUACACUUAUCUGGCUUGGAUAUAACAAUAGUUAAGACAGAUUAUGAAGGACAAGCAAAGAAGCUGCUGGAACUGAUGGAGAACACAGACUUGAUUAUUAUUGCAGGAGGGGAUGGAACUGUCCAGGAGGUCAUAACUGGGCUCCUUCGCAGAGCAGAUGAGGCUGCCUUCAGUAAGAUUCCAAUUGGAUUCAUACCCCUUGGGAAGACCAGUACUCUGAGCCACACUCUCUACCCUGAAAGCACAAAUCAAGUCCAGCACAUCACAAAUGCUACACUUGCCAUUCUGAAGGGCGAGACAGUUCCACUUGACAUACUGCAGAUCAAGGGAGAAAAGGAACCUGUGUUUGCAGUGACUGGGCUAAGAUGGGGAUCUUAUCGAGACACAGGAGUUAAAGUUAGCAAAUACUGGUACCUUGGGCCUCUGAAAACCAAAGCAGCUCACCUUUUCAGUACACUCAAGAAAUGGCCUCAGAAGCAUCAAGCCUCUCUCAUGUAUUUGGGUCCAACUGAGAGACCUCCAGAAGAGUCGGAAGAGAAGCUGCCCAGAGCCCCUUUAUACGUGAGGAUUUACAGAAGACUUCUGCAAUACUGGUCACGUCCUGCAAAAGAAAUCCCCCAAGAGGCAGCUCAUGAGGCCUGGGAAGAAGUGAAGCUGUCCGCCGUUGAACUCUCCAUCACGACUCAGAACAGGCAGCUUGAUCUGAUGCGCACAGAAGACUUCAUGAAUAUUUGCAUUGAACCAGAUACAGUUAGCCAGGGAAACUUCAUAAACAGAGGAAGUCAAAAGAUGCGUGACCCCCAGAUGUGUCCUGAAGGAAGUCAGUGUCUCCAAGCCAGCAAAUGCAUCUUAAAGCUUCCGGAGGGCACAGAAGGCUUCUUCGGCAUAGACAGUGAGGAGUACGAAGCCAUACCUGUGGAGGUGAAGUUGUUACCUCGGAAACUCCGAUUCUUCUGCGACCCCCAAAGGAGGGAGCAGGUGCUGCAGGCAGCAGUCAAGUGAGGGACUUUCAGCCAAGUCAUCAAGUCUGGAGUCUCCUGAGUACCCUCCCCCAAAUAACUCAGCCUGAGUUACUUGGCACGUUUACAUGUCAGGUAUCGGCAGCUUUGGUGAGAGCUGCUAACUGACAAGUAACAAGGAAGAUAAAACUGCACAUUAGACUGAGAAACGCACAUCAACUCAGUGGCAUCUUUUUUUGUCUAAUGACAACAUUGUUCCAUUUAACAGCACUGCCGGCAGAUGCUAGUUAUACUGCCAGUCUCCAUUAAAGUGAAAUGGAAAAUGUAGUUGUCCCUGUUUGAGAGUGAUAAGCUAUCUUAUCUUGUUUAGAUCCAAAAAAUCUGGGCUCAAGGAAAUGCUAUGAACAUGACACUACUGCUGGGAUAGUAGGAGGGGAGUUUACAAAGUGCAGGUAUUGCCAUAGCAGAUAGGUGGUUCACUUUAGUCUAAAUUCCCAUCUUUUUGUCAGCAGUGUGCCUGUACUUGAGCCUUCCUGCAUCAGGAGGGAGGGCGAUAGUUCAGCUUAUGGUCUUAAGUGCAAGCACUGAUAUCCCUUGCAGUUUUAUUCUAGCUAAUGUUGUUUUAAGAUGCACAGUAAAACCCAUAUGU